AACAUAUGGAAACAGGAAGAUUAAAAGUUGUAUUGUAGCAAUACGAUUGUUUGAUACUGACUUUCUCAAUAGCUCAGUUUACUAAGUAUUGUCCAAAUCAAUUGUUUGCAUUCUCUUGUCGAUUCAGUAUCUCACAUCUGGACACCUUAAUGUUUGCUGGUAACAUCUUGCUACUAUAGUGGUCCCACCUGCCUCUUCUUUACAACAAACAACCUAUAUAUGUCGCUCAUUGUGUUGGUCACCAUUUUAUUGGUUGGUUAGACUUUAUCUUGUGUAAUACCGUACUGGAUUUGACGAAGUUUUUGUGAGGGGACAAUAAACAUAAAGCUGUGCUACCAUAUGUAAUAAUGAUGAUAGUACGUUUAACUGCUAUAUAGAUACUUGUCCUUUAUGUGAUGGUAAUGAGACAGGAGAAAUCGAAUCUGUUGGCUGGUGAAUACAUUGAUGCUGGUGGCUCGUGCCUUAGCUAUCAGACGGAUAUUGCAGCCAAUCAGCUGGUGUAUUUGGGUUCGAUGAGUGAAUAGAGAGCUUCUACGCUAUGCUGGUCACAUGUCAUUGUUGCAGUUGACUGAUUUCAAUGUUUAGGCGAUUGUUUCUGAAGACUUGUUCAAUUGUCUCUUAAAUCCAUUAUUGUUUGGGCGGUGUUGUGAGCUACCAACGAUGUUCUAUUGGAUUAAAUAUGAUGAUUAUUGUAGAAAGCUGUAGAUUGUGUUAGUUGGCUGUUGUAGUAUGGUGGUAACUCUCGCCACUGUUUUAUUUCUACCUUGACUACUGGAGUUAUAGUUUUUAUUGUGCUAGCAUUGUAAACACAGGACUUGUAGCAGUCAUACAGAAUUAAGUGCAAGGAUUAAUAGAUAAAUCUCAGACUUGUUUUAAAAGAGUUGGACAGAAAAAAAAGUGUAAUUUCUUGUUAUCUCUGUGGACUUGAUUCAGCAUCUGACAAUAUGGUAUUUGAAUUAUAACAAAGAAAACGCAAUAUAUUAAACUCAGAACACUUAAACCAAAGAUUAUCGCAGUAGCAUAAUGCCAGAUUCUCCAGACAUUAAAGGAUCAACUCAGACGUCGACACCACCUAAUAGUAUGGCUGGUUUAUUACCACAACCUAGACCGAUAUCUUCUAACAGUAAUGUGUCAGUAAUGAAUGGUUCCCAUUCUCCAUUGAGUAGUUUGAAUGGACGAACCCCAUCACCACCCUCCAUGAUGAAUACUGUCAUAGGUCAACAACUUCCCCCUGCUUGUGGAGCACGUCAACUCAGUAAAUUAAAAAGAUUUUUAACAACACUUCAGCAAUUUGGAUCAGAUAUAUCACCUGAAAUUGGGGAACGAGUUCGAACAUUAGUGCUUGGCCUUGUGAAUUCUCAUCUAUCUAUUGAAGAAUUUCACUCCAAACUGCAAGAAGCAACCAAUUUUCCAUUAAGACCAUUUGUAAUACCAUUUCUUAAGGCUAAUCUACCCUUAUUACAAAGAGAAAUGUUACACUGUGCUAGAAUGGCCAAACAGACGCCACAGCAAUUUUUAUCUCAGAAUGAACAUGUGAUUUUUGAUGCAGCACAUUCACCAAUAGAGUCCCAUGAUUCCUUUAAUUCAGAAUUUAAUGAAAAUGGUAAAAGAAGAUCUCCUGAUAGACCCAAAGAAAAUGGAUUAGAUAACCACCUGGAAAUAAAUCCUGCUAAGAGACAUCAUCAGAUGAGUCCGCUAGGUAACAACCAUAUUAGUCCAAAUGGAUCUCUAAAUCUCAAUCCCAAUGGUCAGAUUCGACUAGAGGACAUCAGUUUAUCACGAGAAUUACGAGAGCGUGAACGACUUGAGAGAGAAAAAGUAGAAAGAGAUAGGUUGGAUAGGGAGAGAGAAAGAGAAAGACAUUUUCCUAAUUACAAUUAUACAAGAAAUGAAGGCUUUGAUCCAUUAGAUAGAUUAGAUGAUGACUGGAGACAUGUUGAAUCAAUGUUAAACUGUAUUAUUGGUAUGGUCGAUAAAACAAAGCGAGCUUUGGCUGUUUUACAAGAAAGAAGUAUACGAGAUCGUGAAGAACUAUCGGUAUGGAUGAGACGUCAUGCUGAGGGUAUGGAUCAAGAUGUAAAAAAGAGAACUAAUGAUUUGAUGCAAUAUACCAGACGUCAAACCGAUGAUAAAAUUAGAGAUGUCAGAAGUAGGGCAGAAGAAGCUGUAAACGAGGUUAAAAGACAAGCUAUGUUGGAAUUACAGAAAGCCAUGACUGCAGCUGAACAGAAGGCAUCAGAUUUGGUUGCUAAUGAAAGACUUAAAAUAGACCGAUCUAUUAAUGAUGCAAGAAAACAAGCUCAGGAAGAGGCAGUAGCAGUGAUAAAUCACCAGGAAGAAUCAAGUGAGAGUUGUUGGAAUUGCGGGAGAAAAGCAAGUGAAACAUGUAGCGGAUGUAAUAUAGCUAGAUAUUGUGGAUCGUUUUGUCAACAUAAAGACUGGGAAAAUCAUCAUCAUGUCUGUGGCAAGUCUCAAGUAGCCAGUAUCGCUGAAGCUCGUGAUCAGAGAAGAUCUACUAGUAAUAAAGACUCAACAAGUUCCCCGCCUCCUCAAGUCAUUCAAGACACUCCAACACCUUCAACUGUCUCUGAUACACCAUCUAAAUCACGCUCCAAUUCUCCGACAGAAAAACCACCAGUGGUCCCGCCAACGGAGGCAGCUCGUUAAAACUGUCUGUGUUAUAUCUAAUCUGUUUGUUGAUCAUGUUACACAGUAGAGAAAACUAAAGUUUUGUGUUAACCCUGGUGACUUGGGUCUUUUUGUGUUGUAAAUAUUUAUUGGUCUGCGUUGCUACUGGACCUCCAUAUAAACAAUAUUAUAUAAGGAAGGUUUGCAGCUGACCGAAUUCUUCAGAAAGACUUACCUGUGAAAUUCUUAGAUGGCUUAAAAAGACAAUAGCUAUGAAUAUUUACAAUUGUGUACAAUGGUCCACAUUGAAUAUUAAAGGAGUUAAUAAUAUACAUGUAAUUAGUUAUGUGAUAAAACUUGAAUAUAAUCUUAAAGUCGCUAAGGUAGUGUAUAUAUAUAUAAUAUAUGUAAUAGAUAUAUGUAGAUUUCCAUCUAAAUAAUCUCUUUUCUAGUUUAUAAAACAUGAGAGAAAAAGAUAGGAUUUAUGAUAUUAUUAAUAUAUAUAACUGGCAAAAUCUCUCUGUGCUAUUUUCUUUCUAGUCAAUCAAGACUAUUUGCAGUCCCUAAUUUCCAGUGGUCGAAUGUGUUAAACACAUAGGUCAAAACUAUGUGCAAUCAUUUUUGUCAAGAGAUAUUUAUAUUUUUAUUUAAAACCAUUUUUUUUGUCUGUUUAAAAUUAAUUACAGUGGUGCUUGAAUUUUUUCACUAAUUAAGGGUGAGGUAAGGUAUUGAAAGAAUAUCAACAAAAAAGAUCUCAGGUUUUGGGAAAAAACUAAACUUAAACUAUCACCUCAUAAUUAUAACAUUAUGUUAAUGAAUAUUAAUUACACACAUUGUAUAGUGUAUAUAUAUAUGUACAAUAUAUAUAUCUUGUGAGAUUUGUAGAUGUUUAAUUUUUAAUAUAUGUAUAUUUGGAAUAUUUUUUUUUUCAUUGUUAUGAUUUUAUGCAUGUUGCAGACGACAAGCCGUUAUUGAGUUACUUUAUAUAUACGUUUUAUGCAAUCAACUUGUUAAACUACGCUUUAAUGUUCUGUACGCAUGCCUAGUCAGUUUCAAAUUGUUAACUUAUGAUCCAAGAUGUUGUUAUGGUUGUCCAUAUAAUAAUUAGACGGUAAAUGAUAUUAAGUGUAAAAUGUUUGAACUGACUAGUAUUGUGACUAUUAGUUAAUUAUCUGUUUUUCAUACAGAUAUUUUUUUUUCCACACAUUUUCUAGUCAACAUAAAAUAAUAAUUGGUGUCUGUGUACGGAUUAUUUGUCUUUGUGUUUUUCACUUUUCAUUUCUAUACAGCAUAAUUCUAAACUAAAAUGUAGGUUGACAUUAAAUACUAAAACUGGCAUAAUGUUCAUCACAGUUAAUUUUAAAUAUUGUACUACUGCUCAUCACAAUUUGUCUGUUCCUUUGUAUGUGAACAUUGGAUCUAAUAAUAAAUACUCAAUCUGUUAUAUGUUACAAAAUAUUA